GCUGGGCAAGUCGCUCCUCCCUAGGGAUAACGGUAGUAGCAGGCGAAACUUGAGGUUAGCAGUAGCGAUUUGGAUGUCUCUCGCGAGGGAGCAAAUCGGGAGUCUUUCGGGACAUUUGACAUCAUCAGUGUUGUCGCUCUGGAGACCGUUUUGUAUCGCGACACGUUUACCGGGUUCUCAGGAAAAAAUUGGUUUUUGUGCCAAAGCGUGGGUGAUCCGACACUCGAAAAUAGCGAGGAACAGUUCCUUAGUGGAUUGAACCCUGGUGGAUUUUUGUGCCACUUUUCCACUUUUUGUUGAGCUAGGGUACCCCAAACGGCUCCACCACGCGUUCGGACGAAGCCACCCCAGGCGUGCCGACGCCUUCCCCCUGGCCUACUCUGAGUCUGGACCUGGACGCGGCCUGGGGUCGAAAACUUUACCCCCCAGGGGCGACCCCCACCCGAACUGGGGCUGGACUCAUGUUCGGGUUGCACCAUCAUCAGGACCCCGCCGCUGGUCUCCACCAUCAUCAACCCAGGGGCCCCAGCCUCAAAGAAGAACCCCUAACUAGGGGAUGGAUGCAGGGCGGCGCUGCUGAUCAAAAUGGGUCGACUGUUGGAAGGGCCCAUUUCGAAAAACAGCCGCCGUCCAAUUUAAGAAAAUCCAACUUCUUCCAUUUUGUGAUAGCGCUCUACGAUAGGGCGGGGCAACCCAUCGAAAUUGAACGGACCGCAUUCAUCGGAUUCAUCGAAAAAGACCAGGAAGCAGAUGGUCAGAAAACGAACAACGGCAUCCAGUACAGACUCCAAUUACUCUUCGCCAACGGACUCAGACAGGAGCAGGAUAUCUACGUCAGGCUUAUCGACUCCGUUACGAAGCAGGCAAUCAUCUACGAGGGCCAAGACAAGAACCCGGAAAUGUGCCGAGUUCUGCUUACCCACGAAAUUAUGUGCAGCCGAUGUUGCGACAAGAAGAGCUGCGGCAAUCGCAACGAAACGCCCUCAGAUCCUGUGAUAAUUGACAGAUUCUUCCUCAAGUUUUUCCUUAAGUGCAAUCAAAAUUGCCUGAAAAAUGCAGGCAAUCCCAGGGAUAUGCGACGAUUUCAGGUAGUGAUAUCAACACAAGUGGCAGUGGAUGGUCCCCUUCUAGCAAUUUCCGACAACAUGUUUGUACAUAAUAAUUCAAAGCACGGACGAAGAGCGAAAAGACUGGAUCCCACUGAAGUGUUUUUCAUCGAAGCAGGUCAAUUUCCAGGACUGUAUCCUCCCUUGCCCGUUGCAACGCCCUGUAUAAAAGCGAUCAGUCCGAGCGAAGGAUGGACAGCGGGAGGUUCAACAGUCAUUAUAGUAGGCGAUAAUUUUUUCGAUGGACUUCAAGUCGUUUUUGGGACUAUGCUUGUUUGGAGUGAGUUAAUAACUCCUCAUGCCAUUCGAGUGCAAACGCCCCCACGUCAUAUACCUGGUGUUGUAGAAGUGACGUUAUCGUACAAAUCUAAACAGUUUUGUAAAGGUGCUCCAGGCCGAUUUGUGUAUGUCUCCCUAAACGAGCCCACUAUAGACUAUGGAUUCCAAAGGCUUCAAAAGCUGAUACCGCGACAUCCUGGGGAUCCUGAGAAGUUACCAAAGGAAAUUAUACUGAAAAGGGCAGCUGAUCUUGCAGAAGCCCUCUACUCGAUGCCCAGAAACAAUCAGCUCUCCUUGUCGGCACCACGGUCGCCUACAAUGGGAAACAACGGAAUGCCAACGUCCUUUAACGCAUACACUGGCCAACUUGCAGUCAGCGUUCAGGACACUGGAAACGAUGAGUACGGCCGGACUCAGAGCAGCAGCGUGAGUCCAAGGGGUGGCGGUUAUUGUUCCAACGCGUCCACCCCCCAUUCUUCCAAUGGGGGCUCGUAUGGAGGUGGUGGCAGUCAGAUGAAUGGGUACGGGGGUGCCACUCCAACCAGUACCAUGGGGAAUAUGUUGCCGGGUAGUCCAUCAGCAGGAAUUUUCAACACCACACCAAGAAUGUCUUUAGUGGCAUCACCGUUUUCAUCGAUGAACCCCUUCGCCCUCCCACCGUGUAACAGCCAAUCAUACGGAUCGCCUGCACUGGUCGGACCAACCAAAUAGCCCGAAAUAACCGGCAAUGCUGCUGCCAUUGGUAACUCUUCACUGUAAGAUUUUUGCGUAGAAAAAUCAAUUUUUUAUCCGAACUGGAACUGUUUAUGGAGAAAAAGUGGUGCUUCGUUUGCUCUUUUAACGACUAAUCUAUCAUGUAAUCACACGUUUUACAAAAAAAUUAACUCAUCCGGGUGCCUGUAUUUGAGCAGUUUGUUAAUUUAAAUCCUUUAGGAAUAACAGGUUUAACUUUUUUGUCCAAUCAGCUCGACGGCUCAAUUAUAUAUAGGGAGACGAGAUUUCUUAUUCUAAUUUAUGAUUUACUGCGGUAAAAAUCGAUUAUUUCUGUAAUAUGGAAAUUAUUAAAAGUGUGCAGUUUUCUCAACUAACUUCAGCCCUCUACAGUUUUCAACACCUUUUCCUGGCUUCUCUAAAAUCCGAUUUGUUUCUGGGGCAUUUAAUUAGUGCUAAAACCCCAUUGAUUUUAAGGUUCACUACAAGAGUUUAAAAGUUAUAAUCUUAACAGACGAAAACGGAUUUAAGAUGCAGAAUAUAAAAGGUACUAAUAAAAUAAUUAUUUUUUUGCAUUUUUAAUUGCCGCAUUGGUUCGUGCUGCUCUUGUUCAUUUCUUACACCUGAAAGUUAAACCUUUGACAAAACAUACUAGUGGAAACUCAAUUAUUUCGCUUUAGAAUCAAUCACUCAAGGAUGUUUUGUAGAGUUUAAAUGCAAGUAGAAUUUGUAGGUAUUGGAACUAUCGGUCUGUGAUCAUACUAAACUUAUGAAGCAUUCACUUACUUUAAGCACGCAAAACCUUAGUUUCUCAUGUAUAAAUUUCGUCUUCUCAUCAUUUUUGGCACCAGUAUUUUAACAUAUCUUACGAGGAAACAAACACUUAAAAGUAUACAUAUCGCUUAAAGCUGGGAUUCUAAACUUAAUAAGUAGAAUUGUAAAUAGUGUAUAGAUUAGAGUAAAUUUUAGGAUUAUCGUCUUUUCUAAUUAAUGUACAUAAUACUGUAGAAAAUCUUAUAGGGUUUAACAAACAACGACAAUGCAGAUUUUGUAAAAGUCAUAUCAUUGGCGAAGUACAGAGGAUUUUAGUAGUGCAUUUAUAAUCAAUGAAUUUAACGAAUAAAUCAGUUACACACACGCUAAAA